AUGGGGACGUCAUGCUCCAGGAAGAGGAGAAGCCGGCGGCCGAGAGGAGGAAGGAAAUUGGGAGGAAGCCAAAGUUGUUGGGCGUCAGGGGAGGCAUUUGGAAGAAAGAAUCAAGGCCACAGCACAAUCGCUAUCGCAUUAAAGCUAAGAAGACUCACAAGAAGAAUCGGUAAUGCUUGUUUGGUAAGAACAACCUUCUCGCGUGCAAGUACACGCGAGAAGGGAGGAAAAUGUGAAAGCACAGGGAGACGUUCAUGUUAAGACGAUCCGGCUCGGCCCAGAUAUCGCACCUGAGGAGAGUCAAGCUUUGGGUAGCACGUUUUGCACUGCGGCUCCAAGAUUAACGACGCAUCACGAACAAAGCGAUUUUACUUCUGCCAAGGUUUUCGUUUCAGGCCUCUCCGGAAUGUGACCAGCGGUUUGGCCAGCGUCCGGUUCGCAGUGUGCGGUUGUACCCCUCAAGAGGUGGUGUUUACAUGUAGCGCGAGAGAAGCGAUCAUUGCAAAGCAGCGUGGUUAUCCUGCAAGAAGAAGCUCAACUGCUGCUUCAUGCCGCACCGCACCGCCAACCGUUGUGAAGUAGCACAGAAGCCAUGUGUUGCGCUGACAUUGCCGCAGUCACUGUGCCCUCCUUCCCUCCUACCAAGCAUUCGUCUUCACUUUUGGCCAGAAGGGAGGCAUGCGUGGGCGGACCUGGUGCCGUCCGGCUCAACCACAAGUGCGUGCGAUCUAACUCUUAACACCCUCGACAACUUUUAGUCGGACACCUCAGGACCCGCUUGUGAUGGCGCGCAGGACUAGGUUUUAUUUGCUCCCAGAAACGCAACCAUCCAGCCCGCCAUGGGAUCUAGCCACACUGGCAUCGAAGGUACGUUGUUCUGCCAUUUUUGUUGAUCCGUAAUCUCGGCAUGAUGUCGAUGCCUCAGGGUCUCGCCCGGUCUCGAAAAGUCCUGGGCAUCGGUACAUCGGAAUGCUUGCUAUUUAUAAUACUUGUCCACUGUCUUCGUGCAGCGCUCAACAUCCGUCUACGUAAUCUUGAAAGGCGUUUGCCGUUUGUAGUUGUUAAUCGUGUCUGGAAGCGGAGUUCUCUGAGAACAAGGUCACUAUGAUAGCGUUUUAGCCAAUACAUACAAACUAGCAUUACGGCAUCGCAUGUCCGCCGGGUAA